UAAGGGAAGGGAGGCCGAAGUACUGCGCGGCGCAGGAAGCCGUGAGGGGCCAGGUCAAGUUUGCGCCGCGAUUCGCGAGGAGCCCGAUUUGGCUCCGCGUUGAAAGUUGGGCGCCCGCACUGCGCUGUGCGCUCUCGGGCGGCUCAGUCUUUGGGGAAGGGUGCGCGGGAGCUUUCCAGGUGGGGACGCUCCAAGUCCCCCUUGUGUGAAACUCGUGGCGGCGAGCAGGAGCGGAGUUCCCCUUCCCCGCGCUGAAAUGAGGACAGACUGCAUUCCUCUCUCGAUGUUGGGUUGAUCAUUGCUGUUGGUUAUGGAUGGGCAAAAUGAAGUGGACUUCUCUAACAACAACAUUGCACCAUUGUGGAGGAGGAGGUCAUCCCACCAAGUCCACUUGCAUUCAAAGAACAAACCCAGGCCCCAAUCCUACCAGAGUUCCACUGGGGUCCUCUUCACAGAUUUCCCUGUGGAAGACAGGGAUACGUUCACUUUAAUCCAGCCUGCUGAAACUAUAAUUACUUCUCCGGACAGCAAAUCCAUUCAAAGGAGCCCUUUACUUUUCAGCUGUGGCCUUGGUUCUGUGCCAAAUGGACAGGUCCAUUUUCCAGAGCAUAAAACCCUCUCCCCUACACUCUCUGACCAGUCAUCUCAAGUCCUGAAAAUGGUUUCAAAUAAUUCUAUAGAUUUCACAGCCAGUGGUUCUAUAAAUUCAGCAGGAAAUAAGUUAGUUCAUCCAGGGAGGAUUUCCAAUCGAGCAGCUCUUAGUCCUGAGAAGGAACAAAUUGUUUUCACAUCAAGCCUUGGAUUGUCGCCUACAGAAAUGGUGCAUUUGCCAAAUAACAACACAAGCACCGCCUUAGUAUUGCAACCCGUCCAACUUCCUAAAAACUCAGAGAAGGCAUCUGCUUGCCUAUCUGCUUCCUCAGAGAAGCAGCAUCUGUCUCUCCAAAGACUGUUGUCAAAUCAGAAUGAGCUUGCAGAAACGCCACCUGUGGUUCUCAGUACGAAUAGUCCUGCAGCGUUAAAAGUGGGGAAGCAGCAGAUCAUCCCUAGGAGUUUAGCUUCUGAAAUCAAAGUUACCAACAAAGCCAAUAGCCAAAAUGUGGAGCCAAGUAGAAGAGUUCUUAAGGUUCGCAGUAUGGUGGAGACUUUUGAUGUACCUUUGGUAACUGGUGGAGAUGAAAAAGCAGAAGGCGAUGUAGAUAGCCCAGGGAUGCUGAGACGUAGUUUGAGGUCCACAUCGUAUCGGCGAGCUGUUGUGAGCGGCAUUGACUUUGACAGUACUUCCAGCUUUAAGACAAAAAACAGAAUGUCCCAGCCAGUGUUGAAGGUGGUUGUGGAAGACAAGGAGAAAUUCUCUAGCUUAGGAAGAAUAAAGAAGAAAAUGCCAAAAGAACAAGGGACCUUUGAUGGUGAAGAAAAUGCUGUGUUGUAUCAGAACUACAAAGAAAAAGCUCUGGAUAUAGAUUCUGAUGAAGAGGUAGAAUUGAAAGAACAGAAGUCAGAAGAAAAAAUAGUUAUUCAGUACAAACCUCUGAGAUCAACGUGGAGUCAGUUGUCUGUGGUGAAGAAGAAUGGGCUAUCCCAGACCAUCAGCCAAGAAGAAAGAAAAAGGCAAGAGGCUAUAUUUGAAGUAAUAUCUUCAGAACAUUCAUACUUGCUGAGCCUAGAAAUUCUGAUCCGGAUGUUCAAGAACUCCAAAGAACUGGCUUCUACAAUGACCAAAACAGAAAGCCAUCACCUUUUUUCCAAUAUUGCUGAUGUCUGUGAAGCAAGUAAGAAAUUCUUUAGAGAGCUUGAAGCAAGGCAUCAGAAUAAUAUCUUCAUAGAUGAUAUCAGUGAUAUUGUAGAAAAGCAUACUGCAUCAACCUUUGACCCAUAUGUGAAAUAUUGCACAAAUGAAGUCUACCAGCAGCGAACGCUCCAGAAACUAUUAGCUACAAAUCCAACUUUCAAGGAAGUGUUGUCACGGAUUGAGUCCAAAGAAGAGUGUAGGAACCUUCCUAUGAUUUCUUUCCUGAUUCUCCCAAUGCAAAGAGUUACGCGACUUCCAUUGCUGAUGGAUACUAUUUGCCAGAAAACGCCUAAAGAGUCACCAAAAUAUGAAGUUUGCAAACGAGCUUUAAAAGAAGUAAGCAAGUUGGUUCGCCUCUGCAAUGAAGGUGCUCGAACAAUGGAAAGGACAGAAAUGAUGUACACUAUCAAUUCCCAGCUGGAAUUCAAAAUCAAGCCAUUUCCAUUAGUUUCUUCUUCCCGAUGGCUGGUGAAACGAGGGGAAUUGAUAGCAUAUGUGGAAGACACUGGACUUUUCUCUAAAAGGACUUCUAAGCAGCAAAUGUACUUCUUUCUUUUUAAUGAUGUUCUCAUUAUCACAAAAAAGAAAAGUGAAGAGAGCUACAAUGUCACAGACUAUUCCUUAAGGGAUCAACUGUUAGUUGAACAGUGUGACAGUGAAGAGCUGAAUUCCUCUCCUAUAAAAAACAGCACACCUAUUCUUUAUUCUCGGCAGAGUUCUGCAAAUCACCUCUUCAGAUUAACUGUCCUAAGUAACCAUGCAGGAGAGAAGAUUGAACUCCUGCUGGGAACUGAAACUCAGAAUGAGCGGGCUCGCUGGAUCACUGCACUUGGGAAGAGCACUGAAAGAAGAACCAUGGACCGGACAACCUUAACCCAGGUAGAAGUCAUCAGAUCAUACACUGCCAAGCAAUCAGACGAAUUAUCCCUCCAAGUUGCAGAUGUAGUUCUGGUCUCUCAGAAAGUUAAUGAUGGUUGGUAUGAAGGAGAGCGAUUGCGCGAUGGAGAGAGAGGCUGGUUCCCACUGGAAUGUGCCAAGGAGAUCACAUGUCAAGCCACAAUUGAGAAGAAUAUGGAAAGGAUGGGACGCUUGCUGGGCCUAGAAACAAAUGUAUAGAUUCUUUCUCCGAUAUAUCUGUGUUACACUAGGGUUUGCACUAAGUGAGGUCUGGGGCAUCUUGGUCUCAUGCAGAUGGUCAUUAUAAUGGAAGCAGCCAUAAAAGCAUUAAAUGCAGAUAGAGGUUUUUCAGUUCAAGUCAAUAGCAGAAUUAACUUUUUCUUUCUUUCUUUUUAACCAAUAGUCAUUUCUAAUUAAAACCUGAUUUUACUUUUAUAUAGAAUCCCUAUAGAAUGGUCGCUUAUUUGGACUAUCACACUGGGCUUAACAACCUGAAUCUUAAUUUAGAUGCAGCUCUUUUCUGUUAGAGACCAGCUCUAGAGUCUCCUCAUUUCACCUUCUAUUUUACAUUAAGUACUAGACCCCCUUGGUCUCUCUUGAUGAGAAAAUCAUAUGGAAACCAAUGUGCAAGAGCAGACAUUAAAUUCUUGGGUGCAUAUCUUAAUUCAAUCAGCUGGAUGGAUGUGUACAUCAUUGGAAGUGCAGCUAGAACUUAACAUGUAAUUAUGACUCAAUCUUGUUGAAAUUGGUGUAACAAAUGCAGUUAAAUGUUCAACUGUUGAUUUUGCUACAAUUUACUAGAUUGGUUUUCAUUCCUGCACUGUUUCUGAGUUUUGCAUGGUAUUUAUUGAUAGCAUUCUACUGUGUGUUCCAAUUACCCCCAUCUUAAGAUGUGAUACAGACAAAACUACAGUAGCUAUUGUGUUCUACUGUAGGAACAGCAGAGGAGAAAGGUAAAAACAGGUACACUAAAUGAAUGGGGGAAUGUGUAGCUGAAUGGUCAAAAUUAACAGUCCUUACUUACCUUCUGUUUAGCAGAUAUUUAUAGGCCUUGUUCACAUGCAACAAUGAACUGUGGUUUAUGGCUUAUUAGAAUGUAAGCAGAAGUGGAAACAAACCAACCAUGAAUCUUGGCUUGUCAUUAUAUCUGAACCCAGGAUCAUGGUUUGUUCCUAAUAAACCACACUCAUUAGCUAAUAUGAAGCCAUGAUUUGUUGUUGGCUUGCUCAUGUUGGUUUGUUAAGGAGAAAUAAACCUUAAACCCAUUUUGGAUGUAACAGCAAGCCUAGGCUCCUAUGUGGGCCAAGGGAAGAAUGAACUAAGAGCAACAGUUCAACCCUAAUAACCUGGGGAUGGGGAAUAUUUUUCAGCCAUAUGUCAUUCUGGACUGUUCAGGGGGCCACAUGCUAGUGGUGGAAGGAACCAGAACCAAACGUUGGUGGAAAAAUUAAUGUAAAUUUUACCUUUGUACAGUAGGCUAUUUUGUACAUGCACUUGCACACCCCUCUCUAUCCUCCAUCCAGGCCAACCAGAGAUAUUAUCAGAGUUCAAGGAUACAUUCCAGCCAGGCAAAAGCACUCGAGGGUGCGAACCAAGACCAGUGAGAGGUGUGGGUUGGGGAGAGAGGUUGUCAUUAGAGAAUCCCGAAAGAGAGACCUGGAGAAUUGUAUUCAGCCCCAGGCCCGAGGUUCUCCAGCACCUGCAGUAAGCCAUACAUCUCUGGCUUCUGCUCAGGCAGCAGAUUUUCAUAUGUGUACCGUGGUGGGAGGAGAGGUUGUUCUGUUAUUAUAAUGUUAGCACCAUGGGGUCUUCUAAACUAACCCUCCUUUCAAUAACUGCAUUGAGAAGCCAGAUCACACACCCUAGCCUUGCCCACUCCCCAUUCAUUAAAUAAAUAGUUUGUUUUUACUUCUGAAUAACCCUCAUGAGCAGCUGGGACUCAGUGUCACAUUGGCAUGCGUGCUGGCUCUUUGUUUCAGAGCAGGUAUCUCAACAAUCCAGAGUUUAAGUAGUAGUUACAGGAGAUGGGUGUCUCUUCACCACCCCACUUUCCUCAAAACACCUUGUUGAACAAAACAGGUUAUGUGACAUUUUUGCACUCUGCAUUACUCCAAGCCUGCCUUAUAACAUUGACGGGCCAGCCAACGCACAGCAUGACAGCCUCUUACACGUUUUAUGUUUUAAUUGGGAGCAGCAAAUGGAGUGUCAGCUCUGUAUCUCUUAUAGCAUAAUGUUAGAAAAUAUCUACAAGGUUUUUACAAAUACUAUUGGCAUCAAUGUUAAUUUCAAUCUAAGUGUUAAGGCAUGAGAAGAGCAAAGUUAGUAUAAAGAAAAAUUCUGAUCACAACUAUGGUUUUGAAACUGCUUUCUAGGAUUUCCCUCCCACCCAAAAAACUGUUAAAAGGAGGCAUUAAGGAUAUUUUUUAACAAUAUUUGGCUGUGGACACAGCCUGGUUUGCCAUUCUUGUAUUAACAGUGCUAAAGUGUGCUGGUAUGGAAUGGAUACUAACCCACAUAUGUGAAGCAAAAAUUAAGGGGCAAGAGCAGUCCAGGAAUUGAUCUUAAAGUGGCCAAGGGCAAUUUUCCAAAGCUAGCCAACCAAACUUGUUUGCCCUAGUUGUGAGAAAGUUGUUCGCUUUAAGUAGUCUUGUUAAUCAGAACUUGCCCCAUUGAGUUCAGUGGGCCUUCACCAUAACUAGCUUCCUCUGACUGAGGCCACUGAAUUGUAAUGAUAGUAUACUGUCCUUCCAUUUCCCUCUAGAGGAAACCUGUUAUCAUUGCAUCACCUACUGAAUGUCUUAUUGUAAAUCUCCACUUUGGGAGUUUGACAGUAAUUUCUUGACACAUGAAGAUGUAAAUAGGAGUUGAUUUAUAAUUAAUUUAUAAUAGUGUUCCCUUUUUAUGUAAAUAGAUGUGGCAUUUUCUACAUGUGUAUUAUAAGGAACUUUGUCAUUUCUUGGGACCAUUUCUCAUUUAACAAGAAUCAAACACUCGAGUGGAGGAAUGGUAAAACUUUUUUUUUACAUGUGAUUUUUUUUGGGUGGAUGGAAACCUGUGCACUGUAAUAUUUAUAUAUAGCAUAGGAGACAAUGAAUUUGAAUAAUGUUAAAGCCUGCACAUCAAUUUCUACUGAAGCAUAUAUUGCUUACAAUGCAAGAGUGUCACUACCAUAAAGACAAGGGUUUUCUCUAAGUGUACAAAGAAAGCAUGUACAUUUUUUCAGAAGUUGUGGAAUCCAGACUGCCUGUGGGUUUUGCCUUUGUCCAUAUUUUGUGUAGGGUUGUAAACACUAUGUUCCAUGUAUAUAUCACUUGA